GUGGUCUCCGCUCAGCAGGUAACGCUCCUCGAUGACGGCACGGACCUGGAGGCCCAGCAGGUGAUGUCGGCGUUCCGUCAGGUUGCGGCGGCCUGUGUCGACGACGUUGGCAAGCAGGUGCGGACGCCUAGCUGCAAGUGCCUGACGAGCGUGGCUUUACGGGGCUCGUGGCAGGAGGUGGUCGACAUCACCGAUGGCUUGGUGAAGGGCGUUGAUAUAUCGAAGUGUAGAGCACCUAUCGCCAAACACUCGGCAGAGCUGCUCUCCGGGUACUUGCGGAUCAAGUACUACGGCACCAACCGCAACGCCAGCACGAG